AUGGCGGCCGCCAGCUCUACUAGGGCGCUGCACGAAGAGCUCUUCUGCCCCAUCUGCCUGGACUAUUUCACCGAGCCAGUAAUCCUCACCUGUCAGCACAACUUUUGCCGGACCUGCAUCAGCACGUCCUGUGCCGGUCUCGGCGGCAGCUUCGCUUGCCCUCAGUGCAAGGUGCGCUCGAGGCCGGGCGAGCUCCGGCCGAACACACAGCUGGGGAAGGUGGCCGAGCGGGCCAGGGAGAUGGCCUCGAUCCUGGACCCAUGCAGCGCGCCCCCGGGCCCAGCGCCGGCGGCAGCAGCAGGCGGGAGCGAUCGGUGGGACUGCCAGCAGGAGAUGUGCCAGAAGCACCAGGAAGUGCUGAAAUUAUUCUGCAUGGAAGACACAGCCUUGAUCUGCGUGGUUUGCGUCCGGUCCAAGGAGCACCGAGCCCACAUGGUGGUCCCCGUCGAGGAGGCGGCUGAGGAGUUCAAGGUUCAGGUUCAGCACCAUUUGGCCAUGUUGAAGAGAGAGAAGGACAGCAGAGAAAUACUUGCAGUAAACCAAGGGAAUAAACUGAAGAUGCUGUUGAGCCGUGUGGAAACUGAGAGGAACCGUGCUACCCAAAUGUUUCAGCAGCUGCAAAGGAACCUACAAGACAGGGAAAACCACAUCCUGCAGGGGUUCUCCCAAGUGACCAAAGACUUGAGGAAAAUGGAGGAGAAUAACAGAAAAGUCCACCAGGGGGCACCACUUCUACAAGAACGGAUCUUGGAACUGGAGGAAAAGUGUCAACAGCCCGAUACUGAAUUUCUGAAGGAUAUCGGGACCCUUUUGAACAGGUGUAAAAACUGGAACUUCCCCAAAUGGUCGCCAGUGCCCACCACAGAAUUGGAAGAGAGGAUUUCCUUUUUCUCCCAGAAGAAGACAGUUCUGUGGGAGCACAUGAGUGAGAUUCGAGAGAUCCUGACCUUGGAUCCCAAUUCAGCUCACCCCAGGCUUGCCAUUUCAGCUGACCGGAGGACUGCGAGCCGCCAGGAUGUGUGUCCAGCCCCCAGCAAAAUUUCACAGAGGUUCUAUCCCUCCUUCUGUGUUCUGGGCUCCGAGGGCUUCACCGGCGGCCGUCACCACUGGCUGGUUCAGCUGAAAGGCCGGUGUGGCUGGGCCCUGGGCGUUGCCCAUGAGUCUGUGAACAGGAAGAGGCCGGUGGUGCUCCAGCCGGCACACGGGGUUUGGGCGGUGGAGCUGGGCCCCUUCCAGCUUCACUCCUUCGCUGCACCCUCUGAGGCAGAAGCAGAGGUUCCACCACCCAAACUCCGCAAGACUCUCGUCAGCUUGGACUAUGAAGCAGGGCGCUUGGCCUUCUCUGACCCACAGAGCCCAGAACCUCUCUUCACCUUUAGGACUUCCUUCAAAGGGAAACUUUACCCAUUCUUUUGGCUGUGGUCCCCUGAAGCCUCCAUCACUCUGUGCCCCUGAGGGAAGCGGGAGAUGCAGCAGGUCGGGGUGGAGGAGGAGGCCGUGCCUGGGCUCCUCGUUCUGGCCCAAAGCAGCUGAAAGAAAACUCAAGCGCCCUUACUUCGGAUGCCCACUUUGGCAUCCAACUUUGCGGACUGUAGCUCUCUUCAAUGAUGGUUGAGAGCGUCAGAAACAGGAAAUUCAAGGGUGAGAGGAAGAAUGGCCAACAGUGAGGUCAGGAUAUUCAAUGUGGAAAAUACUGAACAUACUCAUAAGAAUGUAAGAAGAGCCCUGUUGCAUCAGCCUAAGGGGCCAGUCCAGCUGUCUGUUCACAGAGGGAAACCUGCUGUCCAAGGGAAACCCACGCACAUGGUAUGAGGAUGGCAGCACCCUCCCACUUGUGCUCCCUGCUUUUCGGUUUACAUAGGCAUACCACCUUUAAUACACAUGGCAGCAUUCAGGACUGGUAGCUCUUGCUUGCCUUCUCCUCCAGACAUUUCCGCAGGCUCCUUCUGAAGCCAACCAUAGCCAUGGCUGCAUCUCAUAGAAGCGAACUCCAUCAUUCCACUAUGCACUGUGUGGAAAAAGUCCUUCCUUUUAUCUGCCCUGUAUUUUCCACCAAUCAGCUUCAGUAUUGUGAGAGAGGGAGCUAAAAGGUAUGAGAAAGGGUUUCCCACCUCUGCAUUAAAGAAUCACUAUUUUGCAGUAGAAAUGGCAAGUUUGGGUACCCUCAUCUGGAUCAGACCCAGUGGAGGGGGGGGGGAUAGGGAGAGGCUUAAAGCCCCUCUACCCUGCAUACUGGGGUCCCCAUCAAGUUUUUUUGGGGGCAGCUCUGUGCCUACUCCAAAGUAAGAAAAAAAAUACAUCACUGCUAAAUGCAGGUCUAAAGAAACGACUGUCUUAGCCUUCAAAGGUUUACACAGAUCUAAAGGAAUGUCAGUUGUUUCGGUCCAGCCCAACCCUUUUUCUCUCUUAUUCCAUUUCACUGGUCUCUCAUUCCCACUGUAAGUUGCCUUGGUAACUUAUGCAUCAGAUAAGGCAAUGGGGGUGAUUCAUCUGUGAACAAGUGCCUUAAAGAGGCAAGCAAGCUUUGGAUAUGGCUUCUGUGCUUACUGGUGGUACGUGAUGGCUUAGUAAUGCCUUUAUGAACCAAAGUCAAUAAAGAUGCUUUCUAAAGAGGUAACUUUAUAUGGUGGACUGACUCAGUUCUGGACAGGUCCUUCUGCACCUUUAACAACUGCGCAGGUGCAAGAACAAGUGGGAUCUGCAAGAAAACGUUGAAGAUUCCAGCCACUGGUUGAAGAUUCCAGCCACUCCACUUCUUUUCCCACCCUGAAUCCUCUAUGCCCCUCAAGUGCGCUGUAGUUUCCUUGCGCUCCUUGGAGUGCGGGAGGUGCAGGUUGGCCCUGAAGGGUCCCCCAGAAGUCUCUGCAUCC